GAAGGGGAGGGGCCCUCGUCAACAUCAACGGGCUGAAACGAAACUGGGGAAACUUAGGAACGACUUGCUUGGCUGCUUUUAAAACUUGUAACUUUUCAGAUAUGGCAGCUGCCAGCAGUCUGCUAACAGAGGAGAGGUUCCUGUGUUCUGUCUGUCUGGACGUGUUUACUGAGCCAGUCUCAACACCGUGUGGACACAACUUCUGCAGCGCAUGUAUCCACAAGUAUUGGGACAGCGGUGACUCUUGCCAGUGUCCAUUGUGCAAGAAGAUAUUUUCCACAAGACCUGAACUUCAAGUCAACACUAUCAUGUCAGAGUUAGCUGGUGAGUUCAAGAAGCUAGCUCAAGUCAAAGUCUCAACUCCAAAAGCCUCAACCCCAGACCCACAACUUCCAGCAGAGGUUCUAUGUGAUGUCUGCUCUGAGAUAAAGGAAAAAGCUGUUAAAUCGUGCCUGGUGUGUCUGACUUCUUUCUGUGAAGUGCACCUUGAGCCACAUCAGAGAGUUGCUGUUCUCAAGAGCCACACGUUACUGGACCCUGUGAAGAAUCUCGAUGAGAGGAUGUGCAAAACACACAACAAGAUAACAGAACUGUACUGCAGGACUGACAAGGCCUUUAUUUGUGUCCUGUGUUUCAAAACCGAUCACAAGCAUCACAGUGUUGUCCCACUUGAGGAAGAAUAUGAGACAGUGAUGGCAAAAAAGGAUGAGGCGAAGGCAAAUAUCCAAAAGCUCAUACAGUCACAGUCUGAGAAAAUAGCUGAAGUUGAAAACUCACUUGAUGCCAGCCAGAUAGAAAUUGAGAAGGAAAAAGAAGCCACCAUACAGGUGUUCACUGACUUGAUCCGCUCCAUUCAGAGGAGCCAGGCUGAGUUCAUUGAGGCGAUUGAGGAGAGGCACAGAGCAACAAAGGAAAAGGCCGCAGCUUUUCUCAGAGAACUUAGGAUAGAAAUUACCGAGCUUGAGAGUAGAAGCAGUCAGCUGGAGCAGCUGUCACAGUCUGAGGAUCACUAUCAUUUUCUCCAGAGUUUCCCAACAUUGUGCUCACCUUUAAACAAGGACAGCACCAGCACUGGUGUUCACAUUGACCUGUGUUUUGAGGCAAUGAGAAGAGCUGUGACUCUGCUGAUACAAAGAGUUGAUGAAAUAAUGGAAGACGUUCCUGAGAUCAACAUGAAAAGAAUGAGAGAACAUGCACUGGACUUGACUCUUGACCCUGACACAGCACAUUGCUCUCUUGUCAUAAGUCAAGAUGGAAAACAAGUUGCAAAUGAAGGCACAGUACUGAAACUUCCCAGCAAUCCAAAAAGAUUUGAAAUGUUUCCUGAGGUUUUGGCAAAGGAGGGAUUCACAGCAGGGAAGUUUUACUUUGAGGUGCAAGUGAAAGGAAAGACUAGUUGGACUGUUGGAGUGGUCAGGGAGUCUGUUGAAAGAAAGAAGAAUGCAGAAAUGUCAGUUCUAAAUGGAUUUUGGACCCUUGAGUUGGAUAAGGGCAAAUAUGAAUCAUCUACAAAAUUUUCCAAAAUCACACUGAAAGAAAAGCUGCACAAGGUUGGCAUCUUUGUGGACUAUAACAAGGGAGUGGUUUCUUUCUAUGAUGUGGACUCUAAAUUGCAAAUCUGUUCUUUAAUUAGCCAUUUUACAGAGAAACUUUAUCCAUACUUCUGCCCUCAGUUCCCUGAAAAUGGAAGGAACUCUGCCCCGCUUAUCAUAACACCUGUACCUCAAACAGACUAGUUUUCUUCUUUUUUGGUCCUCCUUUAGACGUCACAGGGAAAUUAAAAUUGGUCGCCAUUAGCGCACUGCUCAAACAGCUCUGCUUGAAGUAUUAAUAUCUGUCAGUGCAAGAAAUUACACGCACACGUGUGUGUGUGUGGAGAGAGAGAAAGAGGGAGGUGUGGUGUAAAAUAUGCAUUAUAUGAUAUUGUUGCACAAUAAUUUUUUCUGAUUCUGUUAUAUUACAAGGGAUAAGGUUGGCAGUGUCUUUUUGCACUUUUCAAUCAUUUCAAUAUUUACUUGUAAUUGCUGGUGCUGAAUAAACUACAUAUCUGGA